GCGUAAUUUGACGAAGCCAGCGGAAAAGAAGGGAAAAAAAAAACACGGGGAGAAUGAACGUUUGACAGCCGGCUCUUUUUGCUCGCGCCAAUCGGGUCGAAACAAAAGAAACUGGGGAGGAGAACAAAAAAAGAACAAAAAAAAACACACAUGCUUGAUUUAUUUGCGUGAGAGAUCUGGGACAGCACCUCCGCGUCCUAAUGGCCGCCGCCGUGAGGAAUCCCGUUUGGGUCGCUCCGGGGCAGGACGCGCAGUUUCUCCACAGGAGCGCCGCGCCGCCGCCAGCCGACGAGCCGGGACAAGUGCUCUGUCGCACGGGGGAUGCCGUCCCGGGAACUUCCUCCUUCCACGAUUAUAACCUGUUUAAAUCGGAGAUGGACAGCUACCUGUCUCCUCACCAGCAGUACGCAGCCAACUCCAAAGUGCUGUGCAGGGAAACAGGGGCCCUGGUGCCGGAGCCGGCGCUCACCGAGGACUUUGGCCCCCCGUACAGCGUCAACAUGAGCCUGCUCCUCCCUGACGUCACAUAUCCGCACCCGGGUCUCAACAGGGCCGUGAGACAGAUCAAAACGGAGCCGUUGCACACCCUGAUGCAGCCCAGCUGUCAGGGCCACAGAGCGCCGCCGCCGCUCCCAGAAUACCCGGGUGGGUUCGGUGCAGCCGACGUAGCCAAUGGUAGGUUUUUCAUCAAACAGGAAGUGCUAGAUUACCAGGAUGUGCCCCUGUAUCAGCUUUUGAACUCCGACUUGGAGCAGCUUGUUCAUGGGUCCCAGCUGAGCUCCGUCCCCGCGGCCCCUUUAAGUCUUCCAAACGGCCGCCCGGGCCCCGCACAGAGUUCCGCCAAACCCACAGGCGGCCCCCAGUGUGACUGUUUGCCCUUUAACCCGCACCGCGGCCAUCAGCGGAGGUCGACCUAUCUGCCGCCCUCCCCACCGAACUCCGACCCCCCGAGUCCGAGCGGGAGGAAGGAGCUCCUUCACAAUCUGUCCCCGCCUCCCUCCUACGAAACCAGCGUCGCCUCCAAGUCAACUUUUCAGGCCCGUCGCAAUCCCGCCAAUCCGGGACGUGCACCUGGCACAGCGCCAGUCCAAAACCCAGACCAGAACUCCAGCAUCAGAUCAGUCCAAAGCCCGGGUCCCGAGGCAGUCCGGCACUCGAGCCUGGCGCCGGGCACCGGCCCACUGUCCCCGGUGCUGGCCCAGCUGGCUUCUGCUAAGUACAACAGAAGGAAUAAUCCGGAUCUGGAGAGACGGCGUAUUCACCACUGUGACGUUCCAGGGUGCAGGAAAGUAUACACCAAGUCCUCUCAUCUGAAAGCCCAUCUGCGGACCCACACAGGAGAGAAACCGUAUCAGUGCUCCUGGGAGGGAUGCGAGUGGCGCUUCGCCCGCUCCGACGAGCUGACUCGCCACUUCAGGAAGCACACCGGGGUGAAGCCUUUCCAGUGCGCCGCCUGCAACCGCUGCUUCUCCCGCUCCGAUCACCUGGCCCUGCACAUGAAGAGACACCAGAGCUGAAGAGAAAAACAACAACAACAAAAACCUUCUCCUGCCAAAAGCACUGCCGAGAUUUUUUUUUUCCUUCUUCUUUUUAUCAAGAACAAGGUACUUGCAUAUCAACAAUCAAACAAAUUCCAAACGGUGGAUUAAUUCUCUCUCUCUCUCCCAGCGGAGAGACACAUUAGUAGCAGUGCCGGCCCACACCUAAUAUUUUCCUUUUUAUUGUGAAUAGAUCAAAAUGUCACCAUCGCCUUAUUUUUGUUUCCACAAGUGUGCCCCCAAAAUCAGAGCACAUUUGCAAAGAUGUCAGUCAAAUCUAAUCAUUAGCCAGGUGUCACGAUGGAAUAAUAUUCAUGCGCUGCAAAGUACGUUUUUCACUAUACAGAUCAUAUCAACGUGGUGUCAAUUAUUUAAUUAACGUGAAAAAAUAUGGCAAAGUGGAUGUGGGAUCAUUGGAAGGUCAGAGAAUGUGUCGUUUUAGCCAGCAGGGUCAAAGGUGUGUGUGUGUGUGUGUGUGUGUGUGUGUGUGUGUUAUAGGAA